AAAAUGUAAUAAUGAUGGAAUUUAUUGAUAAACUUAUAAUGGAAAUUUAAAGAAAAUUACAUACUUACAUAGCAUUUUUAGCGAAAUCGAUAAAACUCUUCGUUUAGUAUCAAUGCAAAAUUUGUAAAAUGAACAUCUGGAUUGGAAAAGUAUUCUCUGAAGUGCCAUUUGGCCAUGUUCUUAUUGUUUGUGGAAAAAUUAAACCCAAUCCGAACAAAAUUUGUGUUGGUCUCACGGAUCAAAUAAAGGAUAAACAUGAAAUUGGAACAGUUAUGCUUCAAAUUGAAGCAAAUUUUCGUGAAAAUCAAAUAAUACGUAGCAUGUACCAACCUGGUAAUGGAUGGUCACAAGAGGAAAUAUCAAAAAAUAUGUGCCAUGGUACAUUAAAAAAUCCAUUGAUACCAGGUGACACAUUCAAUUUUCGAAUUGCUGUAUUACAAAAGAAUUUUGAAAUUUAUGUAAAUGAAAAAUUAUAUGGAAGUUUUGAUCAUUUACAAAGUCCGAAAAACAUCAAAUAUGUUGUUGUACAAGGCGAUUUUGAAAAAGUAACAAAAUUCCAUCAUCGUAUGCUUUUCCCAUUAAUAUUUCCAAGAAGUCUUUCAUGUUGUGAGAAAAUGUGCUUCGAAAGUGAUGUUCCAAAACGCUAUGAAAUGGGAACUGUUGUUGUUUUAGAAGGAAUUUGUCAAGGUCCACCAUCAACAGAUUUUUCAAUUUGUUUCUUAUGCAAUGAUACUGGUAGAAUAUUUUUGAAAUUUCAUGUUGAUUUCGGUACAAAAUGUGUUAUUCGUAACUUUCAAACAUCAGAUUGUAGAUUUUUAUGUGAAAAUGAAGAACGUGAAGGUGAAUUUCCAUUUAAACGUGGUAAAAGAUUUAAAAUUGCUUUUGGCUUAGGCGAUAAAGCAUUUUUAAUUGCUGUUAAUGGAAAAUUCUUUACAUAUUUUAAUUUUCCUCUAAGAGAAUUUUCUAUUUCAACAUUACAAUGUUUUUGUAAUUGUCCAGGUGAAUUAAUAUUUAGUAAAUUAGAAUAUCAUACGGAUUCAUCACUAUUGACAAAAGUUGAGAAAUUAUCAAGUAAUAAUUAA